CUGGAGUUGCCCGGCUGCGCAAUCUCGCGGAUGCACGUUAAAUAGCAUAUAACAGUGAGCGCGAUGGCGGAAUCGCCAAGAAACCAAGCAAGACAGCCGUCAGAGGCCGGGGCUCCGCCAGCAGACCCCAUUUUUGAGACCAUACAGAUAUUAGAACCCGAAAAGCCAAGAGGCUUUCGUCAUCAGGUUAGCAGCAAAGUAAAGACCUCGCAUUGGUCCAGUCUCUUCUCGUGCAUUGCGCCCCAAGCGCCUAGCUCUUCAGCAGACGACGCGAAGGACGCCGAGGAGCAGCAGGAUGAGCAGGAGCAAGCAUCUCCAAGUGCAAAAUGGACAUGGGGGACAAAAAAGGUCCGCGCCGAAGACAUGCCCUGCAUCCUGUUCGUGGGGCUCGACGGCGCCGGCAAAACCACCAUCAUCAAUACCCUGCUCGAGGAGGCCCGCCGGCUGAAGGUCGAGGAGCAACGCGCCAAAGAGGAGGAGCGCCGUGUCGCGCGCGACGGCCGCCCAGCGCUGCGCCAACAGAACGGCCAGCAGGACGGCGCCGGAGGCGGCGGUGGUGGCGGCACCGCCGCCGCCAGCAGCCGUGACGCGAGCAUGCGCGGUAGUCAGGCCGCGCUGAGCAAGGCGGUCACCGGCGUCACGGAGGACCGUGGGACCGCUCGGACGGGAGGCCAGACCGACGCCGGCACGGAGGACGGCAACGGCCAGGGCGCAGGGGAGGGCGAAGGCGGCAUCAGCGAAAAGGCGCGGCGCGCGCGGGACGCCAUCCAGCCGCCGCCGCCGGCGCCCAGCGAGCGCGGCAUGCUGUACGCGCUACCGCAGUCGGUGCUGCGGUACGGGUGUGUGCUCAUGGACACGCCGGGCGGCUUCUUCCAGCGGCGGCGCUACCUGGGCGGUCUGCAGCUGGCCACCGCGGUGGUGCUGUGUGUGGACGCCGCGGACGAGAGCCGCUUCCCCGUGGUGCGCGACUUCUUCGCGCAACACGUGCUGCCCGAGGUGUGCCGGCGGCACCUGCCGCUGCUGCUGCUCGCCACCAAGCGCGACGUGUGCGACUGGGGUGCGGCCGAGGACGUGGCGCUGGAUCUGGAUCUCGCCAUCCUCAUGGCGCACGUGGCGGCGCCCUGGACCGCGGCACACGUGGUGGGCGGCCAGCUGGGGCCCCUGCGCGAGCCGCUGACGUGGCUGCUGCAGCAGUCCUCCAUCGUGGACCACCUGUGGCACUCCUGGCCCAGCAGCGCCCCCGUGCUGCUGCACUACCAGCAGGCCAACGCGCGCUACGCGGUGGGCAUGGCCAGCAAGAAGGCCGUGGAGCUCUUCCACGGCGAGGACGACCAGGAGGGGGUGCUGCAGGCAGCAGCAGGCGCAGGCGGAGGCGGCCUCGGGGCAGGCCGUGAGGGCGGCGCCGGCGGCCGCUUGGGAGGCGGCGGGUUUCGUGUGGCGGCGGGACCGCUGCCGGCUCUGGCGCCGUCUGGCAGUGUGCACAUCAGCGCGGUGACCUCGCUGGCACCCCUGGGCUCCACACCACAGCCGUCGGUGGGCGUGCAGGCGCCCGCGUAGCGCAGAGGGGGAGUGUUGAAGGAGGGGGCGUUGGGAGGGGGCGCUCAACGGGGAAAGAAUAAGAGGCAGGCUUUAACAGCAGCUGAGUCAGGCAAAUAAUGCAGGUUAGCUAGCCAGCUGGUGUGUGGGCCCGGUUGAGUAGCUAGACUGCGCGAUGCAGCAGCCAUGGGUCGGGUCCAGCGUGCUCGUAUGCAGGCGGCCCAGACAGAGGUGGCGGCGCCAUGGGCGUUGCGGAUUCGUGGUGCACGCUGUGGUGGUGUGCAGCAGUAGCUAGCCAGGCAGGAGCCAGGCAGGACUGCAGGCUGUAGCAGCAAGGCAGGCAGUGCUGGGAGGACAGCAGUAGCAAGAAGGUGGUGACGGCUGGGGCCUGCAGCCACAGAUCAGGGACAGACGCAGAAGCGGUUACUGAGAUACGGGAACAUCUGCAGGAACAGUUACUACGGCAUGAUCAUGGCAUGAUGUUGGACCAGAGGCACGAGCAGGAGCACCAGUGGCGGUUGCUUAAGGCCUGACAAUUUUGUGCGUUUGGAAACAGGACUUCGAUUGAACCAGGGUGGUAAGGCGGAAAUGAUAUCUCCUUACAAAGUUACAAUACGGCUGGUGGAUGUGCUUGUUUGGAACAGUGAAGCCCUACAGUGAUGUACGGGCCUAUUUUUGUCGCGGUGGCUGUGAGAAUGCGCAGGAGGUGCGGCAGCAGACGCGACGGCGACCAUGCGUGUGAAGUGCGCUAGUGUCAGGGGUGUUCCUGAUUGUGUUGGUGGCUUGACGGCACCAUGGCGGCCAUGGUUCAUUCAAAUGCCGGGACGCCCGAUUCUGAGGUUCACUGCGUAGGCAAAGUGAAGACGAGGCAGCGUAUCAGUAUAGCCCCUAGUGGAGAAGGUCAGGGGAGCAUUGGGUGUAGGCCAGCAGCCUGUAGGUCUAGCAAGGUCACGCAGAGCAAGUCUAUGUAGGUUCGGACGACCAAGCACUUGCAGUGCUUCCGCCUUCCGGCGAUGUGAGUGGGUAGGGUUGUAUAUGUGUGCGGCGCUGUACCUGCUGUGCUUAGGAUGUCCUGCAGCCAUGCGCACGCCAUGGCGCACACGCAACGCGCGAUGACCAUGGCUCGCUAAGACAACAGGGUCAUGCCGCCUCUCUCUGCGUCUCUGCGUGUCUCUGCAUUCGUGCACGAGCCUGCACAGCUAAUGGGGGCGGCGACCAAAACGUUGCACCCCACAGCGCGGGGGGCCUGCACACCGGAGGCAUGAGUACGCGGACUGGAAUCACCGACCAACCAACCGCCAGCCACGACGGGCGCGGGUGAACUCUCCAUGGCCCUCCAAUUCUCGUAGUAUUAUGGACAGUAGCUACGGAACAGAGAACUUGCACUGUCACAGCGUGUGGGAGCCUUGGUGACCAUAUUGUGUCAAGGGUGUGGGGAUGGGCUGACGGAGCAACUGCACGCCCACGUAACCCACUAUGGAACGUGCAGGGCAUGAAAUGACCCGCAACGGCAUGGAUGUUUGCAUGUGCAACAGGAACACAAUACGAUUUAUUGGGUAAGGGCAAAAGCCCCGCAAAAAGAGAGAUAUGUGGCUGCGUGAGCAAAACUCGCGGAUCUCUUUAGUAAAAGGCGAAAGAGAUAUUCGCUACGCGUUC